AUGUCCCUUGACUUCGAUAGUGGAGCUCUGCAAACUCAACAUGAAGAUGAAGACUAUGACCAAGAGGAUUAUGCAAGAGAACAAGAGUUGAAACUACUAUUGACAGACCUUCCCCAUGACAUGCUGGAUGACAGUGGAAACCAGCUCUCCAGCUGUUCAGACUGUAGCAUUCAUGAGACUGAGGAGCAAUCACGUGAGCCUGGGAAGCACGAUGGAAGGUGGAAUGGUCAUUCGUUGAUAAGUGAUCCUCAAAAUAGUUAUGAACAAGGACAAAAUCUGUACCCUGAACAAUUCUUGCGUGACCAGCAAAAUGAUCGUAUUGAAAAGCUUGGAAAGAAUUGGAAUGGCCUACAUAACGACGCAGAGAAAAAACAUUUAUAUGAUGUUAAAGAUGACUACUGUGGCCAGAAUGGUCAAGAGGAUCCUGAUGAUGUGUAUCUUGGUAGAGAUGGGUUUAAUGCUCCAAGUUGUUACCAACAGAACAAUGUGUAUCAUCUUCCUGAAAACUUCAGGCCAUACGCAAAUGGCCAUAAACCAGAAUUUAGCAAUCAGCAAAGUAAAAUAGUAAGUUUUCCAGAUGCUCCAAAGGAACAUCUUAAGCAGUUUGUUGCAUCUGACAUUGUCAGUGACCAAUCACCAGAAUCUUACAAAGUGACUUAUAAACCAUACCAAAAUGGCGUUCAUCAAAAUAUUCCAGUAAUCCAAGAAGGAACCAGAAGAAAUGAAGUGUUUGAAGAUUUGCAACAUGAAUUCCUGGGCAAUGAUGAAAAUUCUUCAGAAAAUGUGCAGAUUCUUCAACUUCAAGUUCUAAAUAAAGCAAGAGAAAGACAACUAGAAGAACUUAAUGAAAAGCUAGAAAAGAGCACACAGCAGAUUAGAUAUUUGAAUCAUCAGCUUUCAAUGAUAAAAGAUGAAAAGGAUGGUUUGGCUGUUAGUCUUCAUGAAUCUCAAAAGCUCUAUCAGGAUGGGAAGGAGCGGGAAGUGCAUCUUGAAGGUCAGAUAAAGGCACUUGAAACUCAAAUUCGGACUCUUACUGCCAAUGAGGAGCAGAUGUUGAAGCAAUCCAAACUGGCAGAGGUAGCCAUGGAGGGCAUGCAGAAGCAGCUGUUAGAACUUCAGCGAUCAGAUGCCCUUCAGAGAGCCAGAGAACAACACGAGGCCAUUAUUUCAGCACUGAAGCAGAAGUAUGAAAAGCAAGUAUUAUCGUUAGAGCAACAACUUGAUACUACAAAAGCUGCACUCCAAGAGCAGAAAGACCUUUGCAUAAAUCUAGGAAGGCAUGUUAAGCAACUUGAAAAACUGCUGGAAGAAACCAAAUGCGAGAAAACUGAAAUAAUAAAUCGACUGACAAGAAGCCUGGAAGAAAGCCAAAAGCAAUGUGCAAAUUUACUGCACACAGGCUCGAUGCAGGAGACAAAUCAGUUACGAUUUCAGUUGCAACAAGCUCAGUCUGCGCAUAUGAUAAGCAAUAAUAUGAACAAGGCUUUGCAGGAGGAACUAAUGGAACUGAAGGAGGAAAUAGCUUUGUAUGAAUCUGCUGCCAAGCUUGGAGUAUUUUUGAACGAUACGGGUGAAGCGCUGCAUGCAAACAUGGGUGAUUCCUAUGUAGAUUUGGGAAUAAAAAAAAUCCCUGUGAAAAAACCAAAGUUCUGCAGUGCAAUACAGAACAGAGACAUGGAUAGAGAGCUCUCUAAAGAUGAAAUUAUUGUGAAAUUAAAAGCUGAGCUGGAACGUUUAUUGAGCAGUAAUAAAAUGAAGAGAAAUCAGAUUACUCAAUUACAAAAUGAUCUGAAAGACUGCGAGAAGACAUUAGAGGAACACAAGGAGUUGUUGAAAGCAGAAAAAGCAUCGAAAGAGUCAGAGCCUUUCACAAACAUGAAUGAUAAGUUGGUGGCAAGUCCUUCGGUUUCUGAUAAUCUUAAGGAAGAAGUUCUGAGACUCAGAAAGGCUAAUGAAACUUUGCUGCAAGAAGUGGAGAACCAUGCUUCAACUAUUGAAGAACUGAAGGAAAGUGAGGAAAAACUGAAAAUCUUAAAUCAAGAUCUCUGUCGUCAGAUGAGAAAGAUGGUUCAGAAUUUUGAUCAGGAUAAACAAGAAGCCAUUGACCAGUGUGAAAGAAUCUAUCAACAACAUCAUGAGGACACAAAAGCACAUUUUGAGAAAGCCCUGAUGGAGAGGUGUGCUGCAGAAAAACAGCAGCUUAUUGAAACUUACGAAGAGACAAUCUCGGAGUUAAAGGCUGACAUAGAGGAGCUGAACAAAGAGAUGACUGCAGUGAAGGAGUGUUACAUUGGAGUCUGUGGGGAGAAGGACACCUUGGAAGCUACUUUAAGGAAGAAAUUUGAGCGAGAGCAGCAGCUGAAGGAAGAGAAGCUCAAGAAACAGCUGCUAGAAGAAAAACAAGACAGUCUUAACCUUCUGAGGACUGAGCUUGAAGAGAAACACACCAGAUCUAUGACAGCAGCACAGAAGCAGUGGCUGGAGGAAAAAAACCAGCAAGUUGAAAAGGAAGUUGCAUUAGCCAAAGUUCACUGGGAGAAGGAAGAAAAAGAGAAAAAAGAACAAGUCUUUGCAAAAAUAGAAAGAGAAUGGCAAAGUAGGUUGGAUGAAAUGAGAAGAACUGUAGUUGAAUAUAAUGACCGCAGCACCCAAACUGACCGAGUAACAGUUGUGGAUGAAGUUUCAACUAAAGAGUUAGAAGGGAUUGUUGAAGACCAGAGGCUGCAGAUCCAGAAGGCUCUGAAAGAAAACAUGGCUUCUGAAGAGGCCUUAAAAGAAUUUGAAAUAGAACUGGAAAAUAAAUACCGUAAAAAUCUUGCCAGCCAGGUAGAUGCAGCUUUAACCCAAGCUCGUGCCAAAUGGCUGCAAGAGUUAACAGACCUCAAAGAGUACAAAUUAGCCCAAGUUCUCUCCGCUGCUGAAGAGAAAUGGAAGAAAGCACACGAGAAUACAGAGAAAUCUGGACCAAGAAUGAAAGAACUUGAAGAAAAGGUAAUUUCUCUCCAGAAGGAAUUGGAGCUAAAGAAAGAAGAAAUCCCUGCAGCUAUCAAAGCAGAAUUAGCAAAAGCCCGUGCUCAGUGGAACAAAGAAAAGCAAGAAGAAAUCCUGCAGAUACGAGAGCAAAAUGAGAGAGACUACCGAUCAUUCUUAGACGAUCAUAGAAACAGAAUUAAAGAGGUACUUGCAACAGCAAAGGAGGAUCUUGCAAAGCAGAAGAAUUAUCUCUCCAUUCAGAAAGAUGCAGAAAUAAAGAUUUUACUAGACCAAAAGCAGCGAGAAUGGGAGGCUCAGGAAACAAAGAGAGUGCAGGGAGAAAUUAGUCGGUAUGAGGAGAAGAUUCUAGUUGAUCUUGAGUACUUGUUGAGUGAAAUCCAUGAAGAACUAGUCAAGUGCACGCAGAAUAAGAAUUCUUGGAAGGAUGAAUGUUUUGAUGCUCAUGUUCAGUUAAACAGUCAAUGCAAAGACAAGAUGAAGGCUUGCUUACAACGGGCUUACAGAACCACAGUUUUUACAAUUUUGGAAAAGAAAGAGCGAGAAUGGAAAGAGAAAUAUGAAGAGGAAGUGAAUAACAUAAAUAAAGAGGCAUACCCUUGCCUGCAAUGUGGUGAAAGAGAAACUGGGGAGAUGGCAAGAUCCCCUGUGAACAAUGUUGGACACCAAGCAGAAGCACAAAGGAGGCUAGGGAAACGGCCACCCUUACAGGAAACUGGAACAGGCACAGGUCAGAAAUACACAAGAAGGAACUUGGGGUCUUGGGAUGAUUUUUGCUGUGAACGCUACUGCCAGGAGCUUGAAAAAACAGAGGCUGUGUGCCAGGACUUUAAAAGAGAGCUGGAGGUAGCUUCAUGUUCCUUCAUAGCAAGCUAAGGAUGUCUGUGGGCUAAGUCAGAGCAAAUGCAGGAAAAUGAGAAGUUUCUAGAAGCUCCAAUUGCAGAAAACUCUGAGAUGAAGACUAAACUGAAAGACUUGGAGACACCACCAGGGUCACUAUCAAAGGGACGCGUCUCAAAACUUUGUACAUCCUGUGACUGUGUGAAAGGACUGGAAGAAAUGCGUGCUCAGUACAUUAAAGCUGUGAACAAGAUUAAGUGUGAUAUGGUUUGUUACAUCCGUGAAAGUAAGGAGCGAGCUGCUGUAAUGAUUAAAACAGAGGUUUUAAGAGAGCGCCAAGAAACAGCACGGAAAAUGCGCAAAUACUGUUUGAUGUGCCUUCAACAACUUCUUACUGAUAAUGGGAAACAUGAAGGAGCUGAGAAGAAAAUAAUGAAUGCUGCCAGUAAGCUUGUUGCAAUGGCUAAAGCACUUGAAACACCUCUUCAACACAUUCCUCAAAGCAAAUCUACCUGCGCAGCUCUGCUAUUAAAUUCUGAUCUGCCACUUGGAGCUGAGUACUCAAAAAGGGAUCGCAUUCUUCAGACUAGGUCGAACCAUAUGGAAAGCAAAUCAUGUGGUGAAAGCAUUACCAAAAAAGCCAAUGAUCAAGUUGUCCAGAAACGUUUGCAGUUUGAUGCAAUGCAGACCGAACCUCAACAGAUACUUCAUGAAACAGUGACUUCAAAUAUUCAGGAUGAGAAUAAUUCUAAAAAUCUGGAUAGCGCUUCAAGAGAUAUUCUGCCAGAGUUUUAUGAAGAUGGAGUAAGUGUAGACAAAGGAUUCCUGUGUGCUGCGAGUAAUAUAGCAUGUCAGAAUGCCCCUCCAUCUGCUUUUCGAGUAACUCCAGAAAAUACGCAGGCACCCGGCUUUACAAAUGGCUGUGCCACCUCUGGGCCAGCUCAUCAUCUGCUUAAAACCAAGAGCGAAAGAAUGGUCAUGAACACGGAUAAAUGUAUCCAGUCAUGUGGAAAAUGGAAAACUAAAUCUAAAAGAACUUGGGAAUCUGAUUGUCAAGAAACUCCAGAAAGAGAUGAAGGAAACUGCAGUGAAUGGAGCUCUGUGAACGGAAGCCUGCAUCUGGAUUGUAGCAAGAGGCCUCUCGUGUGUCCUGAGCAAAAAGCCGGUACUAGUGGGCAAGCACAGGCUGCGUACUGUGAAGAGUUUCCCCACAUCAGGUCCCUUUCCCCUGAGGAUGAAAUUGUUGUUUCUGGGGGAGGCAUUUCUAAGGGCAACGGCAAGAUUGUCAGCACAAGAAGCAGCACUAAAGCGUACAGGAGAGGCCCCCUGAUAACAAACCCAGAACAUACUUUAUUCCUCAACUCUGACAAAUCAAAUUCUGCUGUCACACAACACAAGAAGCUGGGGUUGCAGACCGAUGAGAAGGGAUCUUCUGCAUUACUGACUGCUGUGGAAAAGCUGAGGGUGCAGCAGAUCCCAGCUGUAGUGAGGAAACCAGGGGAGUUUUCAUCAGCAGGCGAUGUAGCCCGAU